GCCUGUUUCUCGCCACGCAUUUUGUCUUGUUUCUUGAAUACGGUCAAGGGGUUUUUACGUUUGUAUCUUCUUCUGAGCCCUUAUUCUCUACAUCGAACAGAAAAUAUCAUAAAAUGGCGUUCCAACCACAAUUUCUUAUCAAACGCAGCCUUGCACACUUCAAAAUUCGCCCAUUCCUUAUCCUGCAUGAUCUCUAUCUCCUAUCGGGAGUACAUUGCAAAUUAUUAAUUUUCGAUUCUCGAUUAGUGUAAAGUACAAGUAAAUUUAUUGGACGUAUAGCAACAUGUCAGAAUGGUCCACAGGGCAUUUUAACUAUAUUGCGCCACUGGACACGAUAUAUUUCAAACAGAAAUCGAAGUGAUAAAGUCGCUCUAGCUAGGAUAAUCUGCGUUUCUAACGUAAGCAUACUUACGUUUUGUUUUUUUAUUACCGAGUGGUUUUAUAGUGUGGAUUAUGCACUAUCUAGAAUGACUACAUUCGUUUAGUUUAGCCUCCUAGCUCAGGGAACACCGACGCUUUUCAAAAAAUUGCGCAAUCCAUUUCAAGACUUCGUACCUACUCAGCAUUUUAUCCUUAGCUCCGCAAGAAACUUAAUCUUAAUCAAAUGUCGCAGUCACAAAUUAAUGGCUUCCAAAGUCAAGCUAAUUCGCAUACGGGUGCUGAGUUUGAAGAAAUCACAAUAGACGUUCCUUGGGGAUACAUUGCGGGCAAAUGGUGGGGUUCAAAAACAAUUCAACCUGUACUGGCAAUACACGGUUGGCAAGACAAUGCAGGAACCUUUGACACUCUGAUCCCUCUAGUCAUGGAUAGGAAUACGUCAUUCUUGUGUAUUGAUCUUCCUGGUCACGGCUUAUCUUCACAGUGUCCGCCGGGGCACCAUUACUCUGCCUGGGACUUCGUACUUACUGUACGGCGAAUAGUAAAGCGCUUUAAGUGGAAUAACAUUAAAAUCUUGGGUCACUCCAUGGGCGCGGCAAUUGCAUUUGUAUACGCUGCUAUAUUCCCAAAUGACCUAGACGGUUACGUUGCAAUUGAUAUGAUCUCCAGUGUGCCAAGGGAAACCGAUGAGAAUUUUGAUUCCAUUAAACUCUCGUUAGACAGAUUUCUUCAGUAUGAUGGUUUCAACUGGGAAAAUUCCAUGAGUUAUGAGUACGACGACAUAGUACAACUACUGAUGACUGUCUAUUCCAACUCUCUUACCACUGAAUCAGCCAAAAUCUUACUAAAACGGGGUGCAAAGCAAACCAAAGAUCACCGUUUCCAAUUCAGACGCGACGCUUGUGUCAUCGUCGAUAAUAUGGCAUCUUAUUUUACUUUUAAUACAAUUUUAACGUUCUCAUCGCGUAUUAAAUGCGACGUCAUGUAUAUUCAAGCAGAAUCGGGACUGAUGCUUCACAAGUCUGAGCAACACGACGCUAUAGUCGAGAGUAUUCGCCAAAGUGCCAGAAGAUUUGAACAUUGCACGGUUCCUGGUACGCACCAUGUGCAUUUAAAUAAUCCCGAGAGCGUGUGCAAUAUCAUUAAAUCGUUUUGGAAGACCUGCAGGUAGAUGCGCUUUAUAUAUAGAUUACAGUAUUUUAAAUAAAUAAUU